AUGCCUGGGACCACCGUGAGCGACCCACCGUCGGUCUCUCUGUCGUUUGCGAACAACUUCUGGGGCAAAGAUGAUGCCGGCGUUACUCCGCUCCUUGAGCGCAUGCACAAUGCCAAGGUCACUGGCGACGAGUUGAAGUCCUUCUACACCGCCCGUGCCCAUAUCGAGGAGGAAUAUGCCCGCAAGCUCCUCAAUCUCUCCCGCAAGCCGCUCGGUUCGUCAGAGGCCGGUACUCUGAAAAUGUCCCUGGACGUUGUCCGCGCUGAGGUCGAGGCCAUGGGCAAGCAACAUCAGCAGAUCGCAGGCCAGAUGAAGUCAGAGCUGGAAGAACAACUAUCGGCAUUUACCGGAGGCUUGAAGGAGAGAAGGAAGAUCGUCCAGACCGGCAUCGAGAAGCUCUUGAAGGUCAAGAUGCAACAGACGGCUGCAGUAAACAAGGCUAGAGAUCGUUAUGAGCAGGACAGUUUGAAGAUCAAGGGUUACCUUGCUCAGGGGCACAUGGUCAUGGGCCACGAGGAGCGGAAGAACAAAGCCAAGUUGGAGAAAACGCAGAUACAGUUGUCUGGAAGCAGCCAGGAGUACGAGCAAGCCGUCAAGAUUUUGGAAGAGACCACGGCUCGGUGGAACAGAGAGUGGAAGAAGGCCUGCGAUAGCUUCCAAGAUCUCGAAGAGGAGCGCAUCGAUUUCAUGAAGAGCAGCCUGUGGGCUUUUGCCAACAUCGCCUCAACGGUUUGCGUCAGCGACGAUGCGUCCCUUGAAAAGAUCCGUCUCUCUCUUGAGGAUUGCGAAGUCGAGAAAGACAUUACAACCUUCAUUCGCGAGUCUGGCACUGGCCAGGAGAUUCCAGAUCCGCCCAAGUUCAUCGACUUCUGCCGAGGGGACGCCUCCGAUGACGCGUCCAUGACUUCCGAAGACAACAAUUACACAGUUGCUCAAUUUGCCCGUACAAUGAACCCAGCUUUUCGAAGUGCAUCACCGCAGCCAUCGCUCUACGAAUCUCACCAUGAUCCAAACAACCCGCUGGCCAGGGAGUUGGCUCACAAGGAUGGAAAUGCUCCCGCGUCCUCACCCAUUGAUCCUCCAUUGUCAGCCAGGUCCGAUCCACGUGCUGUAGCGCAAGCCAUGCAAGAACAGUACCAAAGCCAGUACGGCGACAUCCCGCAAGUUCCUCACAACGCUUAUCCCACGGAUGGAAUGACUCAGUUCUGCCGCAUAGCUCCUCACUCAGAGAGGAGCUCCUCGAUUGCGAGCCCGGCCCGCCCAGACAGCCGUGACUCUCGCAGCGAUCUCUCAGCACCGACUUCUUUUACAAGCGCUGAUCCUGCGAGCCUUCCAGCAUCCCCCAUCAAACAAGCGGACGAUCCGGUCGCCGAGACCACACCUAUAGCACCUCGGGAGAGAGCUGUACUGAAGAAGAAGAGUGGCUUUUUCCAAGGUCACAGCCCGUUCAAGCGGAAGAGCAGGGGUGAGGAAAGUGGAUCGCCUGCUACUCCUACAGGACGCAACACAUGGUCAGCAGCAGGUGCUCGUGAAGGCUCGCGGCCUCCCUACGGACGCCAAGCUCGUACCCCCAUUCUCGGUAGCAAUGAUGUGGUUUCUGCCAGCCCAGAGCCAGAUGCAGAGCCUGUUGAUCCUAGGGCCAAUUUCCAGCUGAAUGUCGGAAAGAAUGUCUUCGACGUUGCGUCUCCUGACAAAAAGAAGCAGGAAUCCGCGAAUGGAGCCGCUGAAGAGCAAGAUCCAAUCGCCGCCGCCCUAGCAGAAUUGAAAGCACCAUCCAAGCAAACUUCUGUACGCAUGACAGCCGAUCGUUAUGCCGGACUUGCAACUCCAGCUCCUUCUGUAGCUGCUGGAAACGUCUCCGAUCCUGUCAAAAAUGCCUCUCGUGGCGCACCACCGCCUUCUUAUGAGCAGCCAAUGAGCCGUUUGGGCGCACCUCAGCCUGCUCAUACUGCGAAACAGAUGCAACAGACAACUCAAAGCUACGUUAAACAAACCCAGAGCAUGUUCAACCCGCGAGCUUCCGGUGGGUCCUCUCGGCCAAGCACCCGUGGCAGUCAGGACAUUCGUGCAACAAGCCCAGCUCCUGGUCCACGGGCCACCAGCCCUCGGCCUGGCUUAAACAACCGGGCUACUUCUCCCAACCCCUACGCUGCUCCUGCUGGAGGUAGCAGGCCUCGUGCCCAAUCAACAAGCCCUGUGAAACCUCGCGAGUGGGGCAGCUGGAACUCUCGCGGUGGCUCCCCUGCUAAUGUUCCACGCGCUGUUUCGCCGCAGCCUCAAUUCAGCCGUCCUGGAACACGUACUGGCGCAACCUCCCCUGCACCACACUUUGGUGGCGCUGGUCAAAGGCCUGGCAGCAGCGCCGGAGGUGCUAUGGUGCUCGCGCCUGCUUCUGGCGAGGGCGGUGGCGGCUAUGGCGGUGGUAGCCAGAGAACUGGCCGCUCCAGCACUCGUCCGAUGAGCUACUACGGUGGUGGAAGUGGUGGGGGCAGUGAGUUUGGUGGUGGGCAAGGCCAGGUUGGCCGUGUCCGUAGCAGGAGCGUGGCUGCAGAUGCUCGCUACACUUCAACUGGGUGUCCGAUCAUGCAUUAUUCUCGUGCAAUGUACAUGUAUCAGGCUCAGAUUCCUGAAGAGCUCAGCUUCAACAAGGGUGAUGUUCUUGCUAUCACCCGAGAGCAGGACGAUGGCUGGUGGGAAGCCGAAGUUCUCAGCAAGCCUGGACGCUUGGGUUUGGUGCCCAGCAAUUACCUGCAAAACUGCUGA